CUUUCCUUUUUUUCUCCUUUUGAGUUUACGAUGGAAAAGUUUUAAGGUUGUUUGUGUUGUGUUUUCGUUAGUGCCCGAGUCCGAGUCCAGUGAACCUAAUCUUUUGCUUGGCUUAUUUCAUGUCGUGUGCAAUGCAAUAAAUAGGGGGAAAAGAAGAAGAAGAAAAAAACAGAUUUUUCUCCUUUUUUUAUUUUCAACGGAUAGGAACGCGCAAGUUACAUUUUCGAGUGCGAUCAAAUCAUCCGGAUUGAUCUAGAACUGUCGUGCGCCAGCAGUUGUAGUCCGCGUGUGUGUAGCUAUUACCCCCUGCGAUGACGUCCGUCCUUGGACGUUGUUAUUAUUUCCCUUAGAGACAGACAAUAGAUAGAGAAAUCAUAUUUUGAAAUCACUUUUUGCUGUUCCAUUUUAUUCUUAAGAAAAAAGAUUACAUAUUUUUGACAUUGGCUUUGGGGUGUUGUCCCUUUUUUGUUUGUUUGUUUCGUCGGGUUAGCCCAUUGCGGGUAUCUCACAAACACACACGAAAACGUCUUUGCGGGAAAUCCGGUUUUUUUUUCUUUUCAAAUUUUCAAUUUUUCUUUCUCUCCUUUGUUUUUUAAAAAUGUCGACCCAUUGUCUGCGCUAUUGAGGCUAAGGGAGUGGUCGUUUUCGUUUUUGCUUAUUUCUUUUUCGGUCGUAACUGAGAAGACGAAAAGUCCCGUGUCUCUUUCUUCUCUAGAUUUGGUCAGUGUGUGAAUUUGAAUUCCCUCUGAUUUCGUAUUCAGUUGUCGUUUUCAAUUCGUUUGACUUCACCUUUUCUGUAUUGUUGGUUGACGGUUGAGCGUCUUCCUACUUCCUAGCCGAGUCUUCCCUUUCGGGACCGUCGUCCUGGGCGCAAAAUAAACGAAAAAUGGUCGAACAAAGGGAGAAACUAUUGGGCAAAAUAUGAUGAAAUAGGAAGAUGUGUGUAUAUAAAAGGAAUAAGAGACGACGCCGUUUGCAAAAGACGCAGAACCAAAUCGAUUGCGACUUUGGCUCGUGUACACAAAGGCGCGCGAGGCUCGCGAUCCGGUUCGAGUCGGUUUUGCGCCGUUGACGUUGACGGGAAGCCAAUCGCGAUGAAUCGGGAUUCAACCAGAUUGUCCACACAGCCUCCUCCUCCCGUUGUUGUAUAGUUUUUCUUCCAGGAAGAAUCACGAAGAUCAAACGUAGUGUAGACACGCCCGUUUUAGGAAUUCUAUUUUCGCACGGAAAACGAAACAAAGUCGAGAUAGGAAGAAUAGGAUGUCGGUCACGUUUGUUGCCGUUGCCCGUGACGACGACGUCGGAUCACGCGAUAGAUACAACCGAAAUUGGUCAAAAAUGAUGGCGAUCUCGGAUGAUUCAAUUCCUGGAGAAAAGUCGUCGUCGGUUCUUUCUUUCUUAUUUUUCUCCUUUUUCUUUUUUGGGGUUUCCGGUUGACGCUUUUUUGUUUUCCUUGUUGUUAUUUUUGAUUCUUUUGCUUUCGGCUCGGUGGCUUUUGUCGUCACCAGCUAAUCAUAUUCGAUUGAAUCUAACGGAUAGCCAAAAAAAAAAAUCUAAAAAAGAAUAAAAAGAAAAGGAGUGCGGAUCAUUCAGUUCGGUGGGGAAAACUCAGCGGGGGCGGAUUUCGGGAGCGGAAGGGAGGAAUAACUUUUUUCUUCUUCUCUUUUUUCGUUUUUCGGGACUCGGUUGAGUGGCGCCGUUAUUUACGUUGUCGGGACCAGUUCCGAUCCACUUGUCCGUUAUGUCCCCAGCCCCUCUCUCUCUCUCUUAAUGUACAGUAUACCUAAUGAUUCCCGCCUACGUCUAGGUUGUGUGUGUGUUUGCUGGCCGUUGCGCACAACCGUUUCUCUCUACAAUUUUUUCGUUCCCCCGAGUCGUGAUGGAUUUGAACUCUUGGCCCUUUUCUUCUUCUUCUCGGUGGAUGGUUGAUGAAGCACGUCAUUACGACAUGUGCAGGCCAUGUCGUUGUGUCGCUGUACACAACAUCUUUUGCGGUCUCCAAGAGUUGAGGAGGGAAAAGUGAAGGAAAGAGAGAGUUUCACGACAAAAUAUGAACGAACUUGAUCCUUUUUUUGUUGUUGUUGUUGUUGGCCCGAGUAGAAAUGAAAAGAAAAAAAACGAACGGAGAAAACACAUUUUCACUUGUAUGUUUGAUUUGCGAAACGACUUGAAUGUUGUUGUUUUUUUUUGUUUGUUGUAAUCUAUUUUUAGGUGUUUUAGUGCGUGCGGUUGAGUGACCGAGUCUCUCGGAGCGUUAACAAACGAGAGAGAUAACAAAUAUAGAAAAGACGUUGAUCGCCAAGAAAGAAACAAACGAAAAACGAAAAGUCGAUUGCGUGUUAGUGUCGAUGUAGAGAGAGAUUAUGUGGUCAGGUGUGAUGGUGUCUCUGAGCAGUUCAGUACCUGUCGUCAAAAUGGAGGGGCUGGUCAAGUUGUGCGCCGAGAGUCUUCAUUUUGUCCUCCUCGGUCUCUGUACCAGGAAGGCGAGGAGGAAGGAGAAGGCGGAUGUGGCCGGCGUGACUGGUGGGUCUAACGCCGGCCUGGGCGGCGGCGGUUUGGGACUGUCCGGCACGGUCUCGCUGCCCGGUGGCGGCGUCGGAGGCGUCGGCAACGGACCUUCGACGCUGGUUGGCGGUUUGGUGACCCACGCUGGCGCUCACGGCCAGUACGGCGAUGCCGAGCACAAGCUCUACCUCGAGUCGACCGUGCUCGAACGCAAAGUGCCGGAAGCGGAUCUCCGCCAGUUGAUCGAUCUCCCACCUGGACUCGAUCUCAACGAAUGGCUCGCCUCUCACACGAUAGCGUUUUUUGAACACGUCAACCUUCUCUACGGCUCCGUUUCAGAGUAUUGCACGCCUACCAGCUGUCCCGACAUGCUCGGUCCCGGUCAAAGACAGUAUACGUGGAUUGACGAACGAGGUAAGAAGAUCCGACUGUCGGCGCCGCAGUACAUCGACUACGUCAUGACGUACGCCCAGCGAACCGUCAACGACGAAGGCAUCUUCCCUACCAAAUUCGCUCACGAAUUUCCGGCGACGUACGAAACGGUUUUGAGGAAGAUUCAGCGUUUGCUGUUCCACGUCGUGGCCCACCUGUACCAUCGGCACUUUCGCGAGCUGCUCCUGCUCGGAUUGCACAGUCACCUGCACGGCCUCUUUGCCCAUCUGAUAUUAUUCAACAGCCGGUUCCGCCUUAUCGACGACAAGGAGACGGAGAUCCUCAAUGACUUGGUCAUCGCCUUACGACUACAAACCACCGACGAUGAAGUUAAAGGCGCAACGCCUACACCGCCGGUGGCCAGCAGCCGAUCCAGUCAGCCGAGUCCGCAACCGGAUUCGGCCAAUGCGUCCGGGUCGGACCCGACGACAUCCACGGAUGGUCACCUAGACGAGUGCGGCCAUCACAUCAUUCGUAGCGGAUCGGGUCACGAUCCGCCAAUUCACCUAGGCACUUUGUCACCGGAAGUAGUUUCCACUGUAGAAUCCCGUUAAAAGAAGAAAAGAAAAUGAUGUAUUUUGCGAGGUGCAGAAAGAAAGAAGACGACGACGACGACAACAACAACAACAACAAGCAGAAGAAAAGAAGAAAAAAACCUUUUGAUGAUCCUUUUUUUGAAAAUCCUUUUCGAACGAAGGAUCUUUAGUCAUCCGUUGCAUCCUUACAGAAGAAAAAAAAAAUUCUCUCUCUCCCUCUCUCUAUCUUUAUUACUUCAAUCCCUGACUUGGAGUGUGCGAAUUAUGUAUCCGCCGCCAUUUUUGAUUUUCCGUUUCUAAAGGCGGAAAAAAAAAUUUAUCGUGAAAAAAAAAAAGUGGAGAAAAAAGAGAACCGCACGUUUUAGAUUUCGGUUUUCGUAUUAUUAAUUAUUAUUUCUCUUCUUUUAAAAAAUUGAAAAAAAAAAGAAAGAAAAAAAGAAAACCACACACAAGACAUCAUCAAAGAAAAUUUUUUUAAAAUCCGGAAUCACAUACACGGAAUCGAUACGCGAGUGCAAAGAAAUAAAAUUUCAGAGUUUAGCAAAAUUUAAAGAAAAAAAAAAUUAAUAACAAUUACAUUUUUUUUUUUAAUUUCCCAAAAAUCGUCGUUUAUUAAAAACAAGGGGAAGGGGGGAUGUAUUAAGGAAUUGUGUUUAAGUUCUCUCUCAGGGUUUUCUGUUUUAGAGAACUGAAAUGGGAAUUUUUAAAAAAUAAAUUUUUAUCACAAGUGUCACGAUUCCGGAUCAAUCCCCGGAUGGAUUCUUGCGAUAUCUGUUUACCAGUUAGUAGAUUGAAUUUAACAAGAAACAACAACUAAAAAAGAGAGAUGUUUGUUUUCAAAUUUCUUUUGUUUGUUUUUUUUCCAUCGCCAUGUGAUAUAGGAAAACCCCAAUUUUCUUUUUUUGAGUUUCUAAAGUAAAGAAAAACUUGGAAAAAAAGUUACCAUUAUUGUGAGGGUAUAAAUACAUCGUUGCCUCCCGUGUGACGUGAAACCUUCAUUUUGUAAUCAUUAUUUGUUUGACCUUUGAUUGGCGAAAAACAAAUGAUGUCAAAUUCAAUCCUAGAAAAUUUCCUUUCUUCUUUUUUUGUCAAACUUCUUUUUUUUUUUUUUUUUAAAUGGGAGUUUCAUUAAACAAGAUUUCACUUCCUUCUUCGUCUAUCUCCCCCAUUAUUUUGGGCCAUUUGUGAAAAAAAUGGCGAAUUUUCAUUUACCGUCCAUCAAACGAGUCGAGACCUUUGGUUGUAGUCCCUUCUUACGAUGAUUUUGGGUUUCAUCUUUACUCCAUCCUCGCAUCGAUCUUUCUUUUUUUUGUCUGUACGUGUGUGUGUGUGUGUGUGU